AAUGAAAAGGAUGAUGUACAGGAAGAAAAUACAGACGAUGAAGCAACUGCUGCUAACAGCAACAAGAGAACAGCAUCGGAGGUUUGUUUGCCGUUCUACUUCAUUGAGAAGGCGUACUCUUAUCCCAAGAUAACUUGAGACUCGUAUAUAGAGUGUUGCUCUUCAAUUAUCUCCCAUAAUCGCCCCCGAAUCACAUAGGAGAACAUCAUAUACAGUUAAACCCCGUCAAUGCGGACACAGAGGGGGCCAUAAAAAGUGUCCGUAUUAACGGGGUGACGUAUUAAGCGGGUUGAACGUAGGGAAAAUGUGAGGUCUUGCUGUCCACAGGGAUAAGGAAAACUGUUCGUAAUAACGAGGUGUCCAUAUUUUAAUCCGGUGUCCGUAAAGCCGUAUGCGCCGAUAUGAAAACAUGGCUUUAUGUCUGGAUCAAGGAAGUUGAAGAGGUAUAUUCCUUCACGCUGGCAAACAGGACAGUUUCGAAUUUAUAAAAUUUAUACUUGGUUCCGAUGAUUGCGUUGACAGAACAAAAGAAAUCUUAUGGAGUUUUAAGGAUAAAUAAUUCAAUUCUUUUAUUUUAUUACCCUCAGCUUCGGAGCCAAGUAUGAAUUAUGAUGAUUCGAAACUGGUCUCCAUGAUAUCUUAAACUUUACUCCUCCACUGACACUGGGUCACUUUCCUAAGAUCCUAAACCCGUUUACUAAAGCAAGGCACUUUCCCCUACUCUCAAAUGAUUUCAAGACUCAGUUACUGAAACGGGUACUUCUAACUCUCAAGCGUCUGUUGUCGUUUACAAUGAUUUGGUUUUUAAAAACAUUUCUUCAAUAUAUCCCAAGGAACAGGACUAGGUUUAGUAAAAUUUUGGUUUUAAGGGGUAAUUCUUUAUUGUUAUUUUACUACACAGAGUUUCUGGUGGUUAGAAGAUGAUCAACCUGUUUGUAAAAAGACCAAGCUGGAAGAGAAUAAAUCACAGGUGAAAGGGAAUAACUGGGUACGAUUUUAACGUUAGUUGGGCAUGUUUGGUUUUAAGGCAUGCCCACACCCACACCCUUAUUUAAAAACUCAGGUUGGUCAAAUAUUUAUCUUUCAACAAUCAAGGCACAAAGCCAGUUUGAGAGUAAGCGCCAGUGCGAACUUCAAAAGCCUAUGUGUAACUCGAUUCAACUUAAAGACGGAUGAUUUAAGACCUUAUUACGCACGUUUUGUCUUUGGGGGCAAUUAUUGUCCAAGUUGUUGUUGGUGGUCUCUCUCCUCCGCAGAGGUUCCUGCCGGGUAUCCCUAUAAAAAUAGCAAUAAUCGGAAAAAAAAGCGCGCUGGGGACGAUGAGAAGAGGAAAAUCUUUUGUUACUUUCUCCACCACCACUGAAACGAUCUCGAGCGAGUUGUCGCUGAUUUGUUCAUGGACCUUUGACUUCAAUUCAAGCUACCGCGGACAGAUUCCAGUUAAAGAAAUGGGGCUAAAAUAUUACCUAGUAUGCUACUUGCCCAAUGUUGGGUUUGACAGACUACUCGCCUUAUAGCCCUGUAAAUUAAAGAAUUCAACGAAAAAAAAAAUAUUUUAAUUUAAGGAAAUAUUAAAAGCAGUUCGAAAACUUUGACGCGCUUUUGGUAUUGGUUGAAAAUGAAGCUUCGUUUCCAUUUUAAAUGUUAUCCUUUUAAUGUUACAUAAAUAGGGAUUUUGGUGGCUUGAGGAGGAUUCCUCUGAUAGCAAGAUGUCAAAAUCAAAAAGCAACAAGAACUUAAAUCCUGGUAAACACAGUAAAAGCGUCGGUAACAUGACAGAAACAAAGAGUGCAGGUGUUGGUUUGUUUACCAAGGCGUCAGAAUUGAAGCCAUGAAAACCCAUUAGAGAUACCUCAAGUGAAUCGCGCAGGCAUAAAGACAAUUUACUUGCUGGUCAUAAAAGUGGCAGUAGUAGACAGAAAAUAGAUCAGUGGUUAAAUAAGAGCUUCACAUCACAACCACUUGAACAUAAAGACAUUUGUGAGAAGAAGGGGCCUGGCGAAGGCUAGUCAGGUGGUAACCUUGGUAACAUAUCUCCUGGGGAUUCUGCUGAUGUUAAGGACGUAGCUAAUGUAGUUGUUAAGUACCUGUCUUCGUAUCUAAAGCAGGGCUCUAAUGUCUCUAAGGUAAGAACUACGAAUUAAAACAAAUAGAACUUGUGAAAGUACUACUGAAGAGGUUAGAUUUGAAUUUUACAUCACCUCAAGAUUUCAUCCACAGGGUCAAACGUUAGAACUGCAUACUCUUCAAAUAUUAUCGUGUGAAAGUACUUAUGGUACUGCUGAAGAGGUUCUAAUUUAAUGGUCAUACCUUAAAAUUUCAUCAACAGACUCAAAAGUUAGAACUACAUUACUCUUCAAAUAGUAUGAUGUGAAAGUACUGCUAAAGAGGUUUUAUUUGAAUGGUAACAUCGUAUGAUCUUAUCCUUAGACUCAAGCUAGAAUCUCCUAGUAUAGCACAAUAAACGCGCACCACAAGAAAGUACGGUAGUAGAUCUUUCAUUUGUAUGGUCACAAUGGUCAAGUGAGUUCUUACUCGGCUUUGAGGAUCUUCGCGAAUUGCUUUGGUUGUUGCUUAUGCUCAACUAGAUGUUUGACAAUUCUACUGUUUUCAAGCUCUGCUUAUGUAACUUUUGAGAUUACCCAGACAACAGUAAGAGACAAAUCGGAAAAGAGAUUUAGAAAGUCUAUAAGGCUUCGGACCUCGUCGACUAUCCGUUACUGUAAUUUGGAUCUACCUAUAUUCUAACAUGAAGGACAACAUUUCAAGGGGUCGGGCUUGAUUGACAUCCAUUCAUGGUUAUGUAAAAUCCUCUUCCUCUCAUUAAAGAUCUCUUUCUUCGUUAGCCUUUUUAAGUGUCAUCAAAGUAAUUUUAAGUUGUUAUUAUUUUUUGUAGAAAAGCUUAAGGUGAAAGCCACUGUUAAGAAGUUGUUUGAAGUGUGCAAGAUAUUUGAGCGGGAAAGUGACUGGGAUAAAUACAUAAGAGUUACUGGAGUUGGAAUUUCAAAAUGA